CAGAGUUCGUUACUUCCUUUCCUUUCACAUGUCUUGCGCUGAAGCUGUGGCCUAUGUGCCAUGAACUUCAACUAUCUAAGUUGGAAAGAGUGUUGUUUUGAGAUAUGGAUAAGAGAAGGAAGAAGAAGAGAGAUGAAGGAUCAUCUUCCAACCUUACAUGGCAAGAGAAGAAGGAUAUUGCUGAUAAGGAAGAGAAAUCGUUGCUAAACGAGAUCCAAGCUCUUCGAGCAUGGGUUGGCAUGGUGGGUGCAAUGAACGAUGAGCAAUUGAAGGAAUACUUGAAGAACAGGCCUCAAGAUCUGAAGACUUCCAAAAUCCAGAAGAAGAAGCCUCCUCCUAAUAGGGACCAAAAAGUAAGCCAGGAAAAUUCUAUUUCUCUUAGCUGUUUGCCCCCUUCAUUCAUUUCUGCUCUUCUUGUUUACCCUUUCUCUUGUUCUGUAUAA